AUGGCGAAAAUACUAGGGAACUGGAGGACUAGGCAAGGGUUAACACGCCAGGAGCCUAUGAACAAAUUCCAAUCCUCGACUCCUUUAGACUUCCCAACUAACAUGCACUGCAGGCCAAUAAUGUCUCAUAACAGAUCAUUUCAGCUGUUGCUAGUCCAGAUCAGGGCACGGAGUACACUUGCCUUGACAUCUUCGCUGUGA